GAUAUUUGAGUAUAAUAAGGAUAAAUAACUGUUUAAAUAGAUUAUAACUGCUUGUGGCACGUAGAUUUAUCCCUGAUUGUCAAUUAAGGCCUGAAAAUGACCAAAUUUUUGGUGAAAUUACAUCUUUUAGCCACCUGAAUGUAAAUGAUGUCUAAUUGUAUUUUUGUAAUGGAAGGAAAACAGGGUCAAUUACAAUUGUAAUGAUUAUAUAAAUUUUGAGAGAAUAUUUAAGGAGAAAACAAAUUUAGAGAUGAAAAGAGACUUUCCACGACAACUUCAGCAGGCAAAACAGCAAUGAACAUUGAUAUUUAUUCAGUUUUAACAUUUAAGCUGUGCAAGACAUUUUAUGACGGAUUAUCAAAUACAAAGAUAGAAUUGAAACAUAUAUUACUGGAAGAGACUUAUAAGUUGUACUAUUCUGUAAGAGGAUUUCUAAGAGGAUUGUGUGAAUGAAAAUGAGCAGAAUGGUGUGCCAUCCAGGAUGGAAACAGUAUCUGCUGUGGUUUGCACAGGAGCAUGUAGAGUUUCGAAGGGAGGAAAUCAGGUCUUUACUCUCAAUGUUCAACAUCAAAAUGCAUUUUGUUACCAAACCCAUUGAUGUGGAACCUUUUUGGAUUGUUGAAUUCCCAAAUGAAGAUGACGCGAGACGUUUGACUAGUCGCUCGGUUUCUUUGCGAAGUUGCAUAGAACUUUAUUCUCAUUCUAAAAGUAUUCUUGAUCUCCACAAAGACCUGAAAAGUUAUCCUGUAGAAGUAAUGGCGCCGUAUUUAGGAGAAGAGACAAGUUUUAAAAUCGACGUUGAAACAUUCUGUAGACAUUUUAGUCAAAAAGAAAAAGUUGACAAACUUGAGGCUUUUGAAUAUUUGCCAUUCAAAGGUCCAGUGCGUUUGAAAAAUCCCGAUGUUACAUUCUCAUAUAUUGAAUUUUAUGGAACAGAUCCAAAAUGUCCUCCGGAAGAACCUUAUGAUGUAUUCUUUGGACGAUUGAUUGCAAAUGGAUUACGGAAUUUAAUUCAAACUUUAUCGCUCAAAAAACGCAAAUUCAUCGGUAAUACAAGCAUGGAUCCACAAUUAUCACUCUUAAUGGCGAAUCAAGCUAAAGUACAAGAUGGCGACUUGAUUUUGGACCCGUUUGUAGGGACAGGGUCUCUAUUAGUUGCUGCUGCACAGUUUGGGGGGCAUGUAAUGGGCACAGACAUUGAUUUUUUGAUGUUGCAUGCAAGAACAAGACCAUCACGAAUCACACAAAAGGAACGAGAAAAAGAUGAAAGUGUCAAAUCCAACAUGCAGCAAUACAAUUUAGAGUCAAAAUAUAUUGAUGUGAUGGUAAACGACUGCGCCAUGGUUUUCUGGCGACAGGGAACAGUUUUUGAUGCAAUAAUCACAGAUCCACCUUAUGGAAUACGUGAGGCUACGGAACGUAUAGGUACACUCAAAGAAAACUACACGAUUGAAGAACGUCAUUUAAAGUCACACAUUCCCGCAAAGAUUGAAUACGGAAUUUCUAAACUAUUUAAAGAUUUGUUACAUUUUUCUGCUAAGCAUCUUAAGAUGCAUGGACGUUUAGUAUGUUGGUUUCCAGUUUUUCGGGAAGAUUACAACGAAGAUGGACUACCAAAACAUCCUUGCUUAGAAUUAGUAGCGAAUAGUGAACAGAUUCUUAAUACACAUACGUCUAGGAGGUUAUUGACUUAUGAAAAACUAGUGGAAUUCAAUGAGGAUGUUCAUUUAGUGACUAAUUCGAUAGAUGAAGACGAAGUUAAUAAUAUUCAAGACUUUAGGACGAAAUAUUAUGAAACCAGGGAGGAGACACGUAAAGAACGGCGAAUGAAACAAGCUGAGUUGCGAAUGCAUGGGAAAUUACAACAAGAACAACGUUUACAACGAGAAAAUGCAAGUUUUGAAACAGGGGAAGAGAAAAUAAGUUGUAAUAGUGUUGUUAAUGACGAAAACAAUGAAAAUAAAUAAAAUAAUUCUCAUGUUUAAUAAAA